UAGUAGCAAUUAUUUCCAUUUAUAUUUUUGAAAAUUUGAACGUUUAGAGUAUGGCUGAAAGGGCACUGCAAAUGGUCUUCAAACCAAUCAUAACCUACGAUAUGGUGGUGCACCAUUUACCCUACGCGAGGGAUGAUAAGAUUCGAUUGCCAGAUGUCUGGGACGAUGGCAAGGGCUUGCCAGGAGCGACUGUAAAAUACGAAAAGAAAUAUACAGAGCAGGAAGAUGGGCAAGUCGAAGUCAAGUCGGAAGUGAUAUCCGAAGUGGAGGCGGUUGUAGCGGAAACCGAAGUAAAGGAAGUGAAAUAUGCCUGGAACGCGCCUUGCCUGAUGAUUAUUUUCGAGGAUGGCGAUCUCAAUAGUGCACUUCACCAUUUGGUUUGCUCUCUGCAGAAUCCCUUUGCCCUGGAUGCCGUUGCCACGGUCUUGGUGCAGGAGAACAUUGUGGAGGAGCUCUGCAAUCGCAUUGUCGAUCUUCUGCAGCCAUUGGAUCCCCGUGUGGCCAAUCACCCAAACUAUUUACGCACUCUCAGCAAAUUGGCAUUGCUAAAAGCAAAGAUUGUGGUUGGAAAUCCGGACAAUGUGCCCGCCAAUGCCUCGCCCAUGAUUGUACGCGACGUGCCCCACCAUUAUCUGGGCGUUGGUCCCACUGGCAUCGUAACGAUGCACAUCUUCCGCACACCACUCGAGGCGACCCUCGUUUAUCACAAGGAAUCCCUGCCCAUUGCCUCGGUUAGCAUUUGGAACGAGCGAGUGUCCAGUAUGUACGAUUUGGUGGCCGUGAUCAAUGUCGAUACAUUCAAAAUUAAUUGCUUCGAUGUGGACAUGGAGCCCAUCAAGCGCACCUUCGAGUGCCGUCGGCACAGUGCCCACAUGAGCCGUGGCUAUCACUACGAGUCCUUGCUGCUGAAUGAUCGGCGCAAGAUUGUGAUCUUUCCCGUGGGCUCUAUUUAUGCAAAUUGAAUAUUUUGGAAU